AUGCGGAAGAAAUAUAUUGAAAAAGGUUUUAAGAACUUCAUUGAAAUUAAUUUUGAGUUGUUCUGUUCUUUAAGUAGUAAUAUUUAUGUCAUUCAGAAUAAGUUUUUUUAUUCUCUCUCACAGGCUUUAGCCAUUAUGUCUCUACCACAAAAUGUUCCAACAGCAUUGAGUAACUUAUUGGAUCUGGUGGAUACUAUCUGGUUUUAUGCUGGUGAUAAAAGUGUAGAUUUUAACUGGUAUACAAAACGACUUUCAUUAGCAGCAGUAUACAAGGCCACAGAGUUAUGUUUUCUUCAAGAUUCAUCUUCAGACUAUGUUGAUACCUGGGAGUUUUUAGAUCGGCGUAUUGAUGAUAUCCAGUACUUUGGGAAAACUGUUAAACAGGCACAACAGACCAGAGAAAUUUUAGCUGAAGUAGCAGGAUCAGGACUCAUAGUUCUACAGAAUAUUCUUGGAUUAAAUAGACUAGGAAGAUGAGGUGGAUAUGUUACAUUUUUUUUGCUUUUUUAUCGUUUAAUACUAGAUUCUUCAUUGCUCAUCAACAGUAAGUCAUAAAUGGAAAUAUGUGGAAUAUGUUAAUUCUAAUUUUAAUAACCUGAAAAAGCAAAAAAAUGUAAUUUCUUUCUGAGAAAAAUAAAAAGUAAUAAUAGCCAAUUUGUUUCUUCCAAUUCUAAAAGCUUUAAAUUAUCAAUGUUUAAAAUAUUUAAAUGAAUAGUUAAAUAUUUGUACAUUGUUGCUUAUGUAUCCUUUUGGAAAGGAGAUCUUAAAAUGUUCGAAUGUCAAGAGUAAAAUAAAGGCUUUGAUUCUAAAACAAUA